GCGGCCACACCUUUGUGAUGUACACUGUACCUGCCGAUGUUUUCUUGCAAAUGACAGAAGUCAAGAUGCACGAGGAGCUCGUAGAGGCCGGUGUGCUCACAGAGUUUGAUGAGUGGUGUCGCACAGAGAGAGCUGCACGCGAACUUUCCACUCGCAAAGGUGGCUACGUCAUUAUUGUAGAGAGCGCCACACACCAGUCGCUGCUGUGGGCAGGACUAAGCAUGAGGGAUGUACCUGGUGAAGGAGAGUUUACGCUUGAUGGCGACCGAGUGUGGAUCGGUCGUAUGAUGACCCAGAUGGUUUGGUCGAAGCUUUUCUAUUUCCUCGAGCAUCGACAGUUUCACAACUACCGAUUCCUUCUGAAUGCACAAGCAGUGUAUUUCCGUGCUCUUGAUGUGGAGCCCAUUGACGGCCUUGUUCCGGGGUUCGACACUGAGAUCGACCCGAGUGUUGACUGCAAGGGCUUCAUGAUGGAACGUUUCCUGCAUCAGAACGGCCUCAGGAACAUCUUCGAGCGGGACGCUGCAGGGUGGCCGCCCAUUUGCUUUGCAGCGAUGAGCAAUAACGUCGUGGUGCUGCAAGCGCUUCUUGACCGAAAGGUGGAUAUCAACCAGGCUACGACCAAGCCCGCAACAGAAGUCAAUCUUCCUGCCAAGCUGACGGCUCUGGGAAUAGCUUGCAUACUUCGCAACAAUGAAGCUGUCGAGCUGCUUCUUUGUGCCAGAGCCCAAGUGAACUACAAGGAUGGUUUUGGUGGCAAUGCUCUCCAUACCGCGUGUGCUGGGGACAAUCCACGCGGAGUACGUCUACUCUGCCAUGCUCGUGCCAACGUGAAUCAGCAGUCC